GUGUUUGCGCGUGCGCGGGCUCCCCUCUCGACGUCAGCAGUCAGUGGUUUUUCGGGUUGCUCGGACUUCUUUCGGCUGCCGUGAGUUCACUGUAUUGUGAAGGGAACAGUGGAUCCUCGGAGGAGGAGGGGGGGGCUGAUUUACCAAAAAAAAAAAAAAAAAAAAAAAAAAAAAAACUCCCGAUUGGACACUCACAUCCGGAGUCUCGACGAUCAUAAUUUAUCGCACCUUACACCUUUUUUUAAGAAACUCAGUUUUAUUGUUUUUAUUAAUUUAUUUUAUUCCUCUUAGUUUAUGGUUUACACUCCGGGAGGGCAGAAAUGGCGGCCAACAUGUACCGGGUCGGAGAUUAUGUAUUUUUUGAGAACUCCUCCAGUAACCCAUACCUGAUCCGCCGGAUAGAAGAACUAAACAAGACGGCCAGUGGGAAUGUGGAGGCCAAGGUGGUUUGUUUCUACAGAAGGAGAGACAUCUCCCACAGCCUCAUCCAGCUCGCAGACAAACAUGCAAAGGAGUUGGAAGAGGAGAAGGAGAGCCCGACAGAGACAGAUCUCACAGAAAAACAGAAACACCAGCUUCGCCACAGAGAGCUCUUUCUCUCCCGGCAGUAUGAGAGUCUACCCGCGACACACAUCAGGGGGAAGUGCAGUGUCGCAUUAUUGAACGAGACCGAAGCAGUUCUUUCAUACCUUGACAAAGAGGAUACGUUCUUCUACUCACUGGUGUACGACCCGACACAGAAGACGCUUCUGGCCGACAAAGGAGAGAUCAGAGUGGGACCGCGCUUUCAGGCAGACGUACCUGAAAUGCUACAAGAGGGUGAGGCAGAUGACAGGGACCAGUCCAAGUUAGAAGAGAAGCUGUGGGAUCCAGAGUGUCCACUCACCAACAAACAGAUAGACCAAUUCCUAGUGGUGGCACGGGCGGUUGGGACCUUUGCUCGAGCGUUGGACUGCAGCAGUUCAGUUAGACAGCCGAGCUUACACAUGAGUGCCGCUGCAGCCUCACGAGACAUCACACUGUUCCACGCGAUGGACACGCUCCAUCGCCAUAAUUACGACCUGUCCAGUGCGCUGAGUGUACUGGUCCCAGCGGGUGGCCCGGUGCUCUGCAGGGACGAGAUGGAGGAGUGGAGUGCCUCGGAAGCCGCCAUGUUCGAAGAGGCGCUAGAGAAAUACGGCAAAGACUUCAACGACAUCCGACAAGACUUUCUGCCAUGGAAGUCUCUGACUAGUAUCAUAGAGUACUACUACAUGUGGAAGACCACAGACAGAUAUGUGCAACAGAAGAGACUGAAGGCAGCCGAGGCAGAGAGCAAACUGAAGCAGGUUUAUAUCCCCACAUAUAACAAGCCCAACCCCAACCAGAUCUCAAUGACCAAUGGCAAGAUGGCGACAGUGAAUGGAGCGGGCCCCGGUGCCUACCAUGCAGCAGGCGGAGGCAGAGCCUGCGAGAGCUGCUACACCAUGCAGUCGGCCCAGUGGUACUCGUGGGGGCCUCCAAACAUGCAGUGCCGCCUGUGCGUUUCCUGCUGGAUGUACUGGAAGAAGUACGGAGGCCUGAAGAUGCCAAGUAGAGCAGAGGGCCCAGAGGAGAGGACCUCCCCCAGUCCAGCAAGCAAUGAGCCUCGCUCACGGAGUCACGGCCCUCGCCAGUCCAACCACAUGGUGCCGAUGCGAAACAGCGGCAGCCCCAAGUCCUCCAUGAAGACCAAGCAGGCUUUCCUGCUGCAGGCCACCCGCCUCACCAAGCUGGCCCGGCACAUGUGCCGUGACAUCAUCAGGCUGCGCCGUGCUGCGCGCCGGCCCUUUGUCCCCAUUAACUGUGGGGCCAUAAAGGCAGAGUACAUGUUAAGGGUGUCCGAAGGGCAGGGGACUCGCCUACCCAAAACCAGAGCCGCCCAAAGGAGCACUCUGACCAGUGUUCUGCAGUUUCUAGAGUCCCGUCCGGCAGCCCACGCCCCACGCUCCCACCGCACCCCGGGCCUGCAGACGCCUCCCCCUCGACGCCUCCUCUCAUCUCUCCCGCACGGCCCUCACGGCAUGCUGGGAAAACGCAGCUACCAUCACCACAGCAGGGCUGAGCCGGACAGGCGCUCAGAGAACCCAGCUACAACAAGUGGACCCCUCCUGCAUAAUGGACGCAACAGCGGCAGUGGAAACACCCGGGGAGGUGUGAUGAUCCGCAAGAGACGCCCCAACUGGAUCGAUGCCCCCGAUGACAGCUUCUUCCUUGUCACCCGGGAGACCAGGAGGGCCAGACGGCUGCUGUCGCGCUCCCAGCUGAGGCACGCUUGCCGGCAGCCGUGCGAGCAGAUCACCCUUCGCAGGGUCUCGCAGGGCCCUCCGCAGGGGCUCGUCCUCGCCCCUCCACACCCUCACCCCAGCCUGAGAAUGCGAGGCCCAAUCGUCAUCCACGACUGAUCGGACCCUCUUGAACCUCCCACAUCCUUUUACUAACAAAUUCUCACCUCAUAUUCUCUCAUUAAACCCUCCUUUGCUUUUAGUCCUUAAAAUACCGUGACAGCAAUUCAACAAACUACAGAAGGAUUCGAUGCAAUAGAAACAAACACCUGACCUGACUGCAAGUGCUGCGUCUCUUUUAAUCCCCUGGGAAUUUGUUUGUAUGUGUACAUAGUGUAUUUGAAUGCAUGUGAGUGUGUGGCAGAGAGCGUGAGUGUGUGUGAUCAUGCCUACAACACAUGAGAGAAUGACGGGACGUCGACGUGUUCUUGGUUUUUAUGGACGGACAUAAUGAUGUGACUUUUGUGUUGAUGGUGAAUUGUUGUGAAGUUUUAUCAGUUUGUAUCAGUUUUUUUGGGAAGGGGGCGCUUUGGGGUGGUGGCAUGGGGCUGGAUGGGAAGGGUGGGAAGGGUUGGGUGGGGUGGGAUUGCUUUCAUGGGGACUGAGGUUCUUGUAACAUUGGAGAAGAGGCAAAUGUCCCAACACUUAAAAAGAAAAUGCACUAUAUGAAGAAAGAACCAGCGGCCUUUUUUUAAAGAAACAGGCUGGGAUAUAUCGUGUUUUACCUGCAGUUUUUCACUCUGUUCUUGUAAUUUCAAUCAAUGAGCCGGAGCAGGUGUUGAAAAAUGAUAACCUGGAGGCAUUAAUUAUACAAACCGUCUAUAACUCCCUGAAAAUCUGUCACCUAUACAUGAGGAAUCUGCAGGAAAAUAUUAACAAGGCAAAGAAAUAGAGCCAGCUUACAUCAUACAGCAUAAGCCUCCCUCAUGAACAAGUGUAUAAUAUAUUGUAUAUCUCAUUACAGCACUGUAAAUCUACUCAUCCUAUUUCUAUGGCCGACUACCUACCUAGCCCUAACAUGGGUAUUAAAGCACUUCCUUUGCAGCAGAAAAAGGGCAUGAAUCUGUCAUAUUUUCCUCAAGGCUGUGAUGCACCUGCAACAUUUUGAGGCAACUUUGCCAGCAACAUGUAUUUUUCUUCAUCGCAUUUAAUCAUUAAAGACAAACAGUCAAGUUUUUCCUGUUUUCAGACCCCUCUCUCUAUCUCUCUCUCUCUAUAUAUAUAUCUAUCUCCCUGCUGCAGAGGGUGUUGCCUCAAAUAGUUGUCAGGUUAAACCCAUCCAGCAUUCAGGUGUGUUUAAUUAUUUUAAAAACUGGCAUCGCCGCCGCAUGUCUUUGAGGUUCGAGAGCCUCUGAUGACCGAUUGGGUCACAUGAUUUCUUCUCUUUCAUUCAGAAUGUUUAUGUUAGUGUUUCCUGUAUGUCAUGUGUUGAAUUAUGAAUAUGCUGAGAAUAAAAAAAAAACAACAACAACA